UUGACUCGCUCCAGUCCAGUCGUCGGUGCGCCACCCACAAAUCACUAGUAGUACUAUCCUAGGCCAGCCGCCAGGAACGGCUGCCUCCUCAACCACCCGUUACUCCUAGUCCAUCUCCACACACGUUCAUCCAGCUCCGGCGCAGCCACCCACCCUGUCCCUGCCACCUCUCCAGCUACACCUCGGCUCGCCCGUUCGACCUCUCUGCAGCGGCCGUCGCUGGGGUCGAGAUGUCCGCCGUGAGCGUGACGAUUGGGGUGAUGAGGCCCCUCCUCGGCAAGCUCGCGGAGCUGGCUGGCGGCGAGUACAACAAGCUCAAGGGGGUGAAGAAGCAGGCGUCCUUCCUCGAGAAGGAGCUCAGCGCGAUGAACUUCGCACUUGAGAAGAUGGAGCUCAUGGAUGAGCUCGAUCCGGUGGCUAGGGACUGGAGAGACCAUGUCCGGGAGAUGUCCUAUGACAUGGAUAAUUGCAUCGACGACUUCGUGCGUCAGUUUGGAGGUGGUCAUGCCAAGGUAGGCUUCAUCAAGAAGACCGCCCGACGUCUGAAGAUGUUGGGAGAACGCCAUCGGAUUUCUGACCGGAUGGAAGAGCUCAAGGCUCUUGCGCUAGAGGCAAAUGAACGACGCCUCAGGUACAAGAUUGAUGAAUGCAAUCCUAACUCUAGCUCUGUGACUAUUGAUCCUCGGAUGUCAACGAUAUAUGUGGAGGAAGCUGGCCUUGUGGGCAUUGAAGGCCCAAGUGAGGAGCUUCUCAAUUUGUUGACAGAUACUGAGGAGAAGCUCAAAGUGGUGUCCAUUUUGGGAUUCGGAGGAUUGGGUAAAACUACACUAGCCAAACAGGUGUACGAUGAGAUCAGAGGGAAGUUUGAAUGUACAGCAUUUGUUUCGGUAUCCCAAAGACCUAACAUGACAGGGCUUCUCUAUCGUAUACAACUAAAACUUGGGAUGAAUCGGUCUUCUCGGGUAUAUGAGGUGCAAGACAUCAUUGAAGACCUUAGGCAAUAUCUCACACACAAAAGGUACCUUAUUGUAGUUGACGACUUGUGGGACCAGUCAGCAUGGAACACUAUCAGUCGCGCCUUUCCAGAAAAUGCUAAUGGGUGUAGAGUAAUAGUAACCACACGAGUGGAAGGCGUGGCUUAUGGAGCAUGUUAUGGUCACCCUGAGUGCAUUUAUGGAAUGAAGCCCCUUGGCGAGAAAGACUCAAAAAAGUUGUUUCUCCAUAGAGUAUAUGGGUGUGAAGAGGACCAUCCAUCCCAAUUGGAAGACAUUUCAACUGAAAUUCUUAAGAAGUGUGGUGGGCUCCCACUUGCAAUUAUUACUAUUGCUAGCCUAUUAGCUAGUCAUCCUGAAGAGUUAAGGGAUGAGUGGAAGAGCAUCAGGAAUUCGCUUGGAACCCAGUUUGCGGCAAAUCCCACGCUGGAAGGGAUGAAGAAUAUAUUAAACCUUAGCUACAUCCAUCUUCCCCUUCAUCUCCGGGCAUGUUUCCUUCACCUUGGUAUAUAUCCAGAAGACCGCGAGAUCGAGAGGGAUGAUUUGGUUCGACAAUGGUCGGCCGAAGGACUUGUCAAUAAAUUGCAUGGGCAAGAUUCUGAGGUUGUUGCCAAGAGCUAUUUUAAUGACCUUAUCAAUAGAAGCUUGAUUCAGCCUGGGCGUACUGAGGAUGGCGAGUUGGUAUCAUGCAGAGUACAUGAUAUGAUGCUCGACUUGAUCUUAAGUAAGUGUGAAGAGCAUAAUUUUCUGAGAGUUGAAUGCAAUUCUGAAGACAUAGCACGAGACCAUGGCCGAAAAUAUAAGGUCCGUCGUAUAUCGAUGAAUUUCAGUAAUGAUGGUGCAACAGAUGGGAUAAUAUCAGGGAGCAAUCAUUCUAGCCUGUCACAAGUUCGAUCACUUGCUCUUUUCGGGGAAUCGAAGUACAUGCCCCCUCUUUUGCAUUUCAAGCAUCUUAGGGUGUUUUUCUUUAAAAGUUUUUGUGACAAAGCUAUUGAUCUCACUGUUGUUAGCCAAUUGUUCCAACUAAGGUAUUUAAAGGUUUCAUUUGAAGGAAACAUAAAACUCCCUACUAAAAUACAGGGCCUUGUGCAUUUGGAGACACUAGAAUUACAUUGCAAUGAGUUAGAAACCCCAUCGGAUAUAGCUCUCUCUAAAAGUUGGGGUGCCAAACCAAUUGAUCUCACUGCUAUUAGCCAAUUGUUCCAACUGAGGCAUUUAAAGAUUUCAUUUAGAGGAUUCUCACUUGAAAGGAAAAUUGAACUCCCUACUCAAUUGCAAGGGCUUGUGCAUCUGCGGACACUGGAAUUAGAUUGCUCCGGAGAGUUAGAAAUCCCAUCAGAUAUAGUUCACUUGCUCCGCUUAUCCCACUUGACAGUUCCAUUUGGGACCCAGCUGCCUAAAGGUAUUAAGAACAUGACAUCAUUGCACACUUUGGGUCGGUUCGACCUGGAUGAGAGCUCAUUGGAGGAUAUCGAGGGACUCGGUGAGCUGACCAAUCUAAGACGUCUGGGGCUCUCAGUGUCUUUUCCAGACCAUUUAAGGACUACAGCAUGGGUUGCUUUGGCUCAUUCUAUUGGGAUGUUGCAUGAUCUCAGACAUCUCUGUGUCAGUGGCGAUUCCUCUCAUACGAGUGACCUGUUGGGCUCAUUAUCAGAGCAUUCUCCUCAUAUCAAGGUACUUGAGCUGGGUGGUCUUAGGAUGCCUAGAGUUCCCAAAUGGAUUUGUGGUCUCCAAUGCCUCUGCCGGCUAGAGCUGAAUGUUGACACGUGCACUGACGAGUUGCACGCUCUUGGAGAGCUGCCCUCUCUCGUGCACCUCCGUUUACAUAUGUGGAGCAUCCCUAAAGAUAGCACUGUCAUUUUCUCUGCGGGAUCAUUUCCAGUUCUAGAGUUAUGUGAAUGUAAAUCAGAGUAUGAUGUUACUGCGUACCUGGCCUUUGGGGCAGGGGCUAUGCCCAAACUAAGUUGGCUUGAACUACAAUUCGACAAGAGUAACUGGGGCGGCUCUGCACCAGUUGGCUUGGAGCACCUGUUGAGCCUCAAUUCUGUCUUUGUAAUCAUCCGCGGCCCCGAAGAAGCGAAGGAGGAAGCAGAGUCUGCCUUCAGGAACUGUACGCAGCUGCAUCCAAACCGUCCUUGGUUUCACAUCUGCAGUAUACCACGAUAAAAACAUAUGGUCGUAUGACAUGACACCACUUCCUUUUUGUCGCCACUCAUGCGAUCUAAGAGGCUAAUUCGGCGCAAGACCGGCCAGAUUCGAGGCGGGAGGUUCCGGCGUGUGGCGGGGCGGUUGUGGUGCUGCAACCGCUGCGGCCAUUCUUGUGCUUCCGGCGGACGGGGAGGCGUCUCACAUCGCUGCCGGCUGUUGUGGCGGGCGCUGCAGGAGGACGGCGAGGACAAUAGUAAAUAGGACGGCGGCAGCUGCAGCGGCGCGGACGAGAACGACGAGAGUGGUUUGGAACUGGCCAAGCUUCACCGGGCUCGAUGACUCCAAGCAGGCCGUUCCUGAAGCUCCUCACUGUUGCAGGCAAGCCGAGGUGGAGGGAAGUUCUAUUCAGCAAAAGUCGUCACGACACAGUUCGUCAGAUUUUUUGGAGCCAGUUUUGGUUUUCCUUUUUGCUGUUGUAUAUCAUCACCAUUCUGCUACUCACAGUCUUAGACUACUAUCCAAUGAUGAACUAUAGUAUAACUUCACCAGAUUUUCCUCGGAAGUGGAUGGGAGAAAGCGAAAAGCUGGCUGCAAACAUGUUUGACAUGGCUUGUGAAAAUGUGCCCUUCGUCGUCUACAUCGAAUUCUUUGUAUGCCCAACAUGGAGAAGGCGAUGAAUGUUAGCAGGUCAAGACUCAAGACAGAGCUGCUCGUCUAGAACUCCAAAUGCACGUGACAUCUUUAGAUAACAUUGUAGAUGCAUGUAAGUGUUUUCAAAUUUGAAAUGAAACAAUAACAUUUGUCCGUCAGAUAUGGCGUGCUGCUCUUUGUAUGUCAUCUGCACUUUUACUUAUGAUUUGGUUAUAUGUUUUUUGCUCGACACCUUUUUAGUUUUAACCUAGUAGUUAGUUUAUGGUCGCGCAUUUGAAUCUGAUGUUGAUCUUUUAUGUGUUUU